AUGUGGGAGUACAGCUCUCGGCAGCCUUCAGAGGUGCUCGAAGCCCUCGAGCGUCAGACUAGCUACGGGGACGGCGCGGACACCGCCGAUUUCAGGGGAACGGGGAGAAGAAUGCCGCCCAACGAGGCUAUUCAGAAGAAGGUUUUCGAGAUGCUGCCUUUGCUGGUGUCCUCCGCGUCUGCUGUCGAUAGGCCGUCUGGUGGUACAGGCGUGGGCACGGCGGUGUACGGAAACCAGGAGGUUGGGGGGGAGGCAGAUCACCCCGGAGCGGCAGCGAGGCGUGUCGAUGAUGCGGCAGCCGCAGCGAGCGUGUUGCCCGUGGCCGACGCGGCCCUAAGCUUCCUGUCGCGUGAAAUCGCUUCGCUCUCAGCGGUGGCACCAGAGGCCCGUCGCGGCGCACACGGUAGGCGGAAAUUGGCGCUCGCGAAAGCCGUGCUCGGUGUCCUCGAGAAUUGCUACGACGGCUCUGCAGGUGGCGGCGCGAGCGAUGACGAUUACGAUUCCGACGUGCUUGGACCCGAGAGCUGGCCCUGGAACGCUGCCGCGGCGAGCGCUGCUGCUGCUGCUGCUGCGAGCGGCGCUUGGUACCACCCAUCGUGGCCUGUUCGUAGCCUACCGUCGUGGGGUCCACGGCUCGCAGACAUCGCGGGCGACCGCAGCGGCAGGGCCUCCGGCGAACGGGCCGGGAACGGGAGCACCGCCGUGGCGGUGGUUGAUCGAGCGGCGAGAGUCGUGCAGCUCGUGCUCCGGGAGCACGCGGGGGCGGCGUGGAGAGUGGCGCUUUCCGCCUUGCGGCCGCUGCCGUCGGCAUCAUCCUCCGGAAGUGGCUCGGCGUCCCAGAGCAGCGGCAGGAUGGAGGACGACGAGUGCGUGGUACCGCUCUGUGGCCCGCUCCUGGAGCGGAUUUGUCUGGAGCUGCCGUUGAUGGACCUACCCGUCCGCGUGCACGCCGCGGUGUUUGAGGUGCACGGGUGGCUGUCGCUCCUACCCUGCGGCGACUCCGCCAUCCGGGCCGCGGAGGGCAGAGGCGGGCCCGCCGCCUCGCGCGUGCUGGCGGCGCUACACUCCGGAACGAUGUCGCAGUUCGUGAAGCUGUUCGUACCGUACGUCCAAGGCCUGACAGAGAUCGUGAAAAACCGUGGGGUAGCUCCGUCUAUUCUUCAGGCGCUCCUCGCCACCAUACCGGCGGCACGUGCGGCCCUCGAGGAGCUUGUGUCUCGCUCCGUUUUCUCCGACGGCGGGAGGCGGGGGGAUCUGCGGCUGUUGCUCGGCCGAUUCCCUCCGGACUGCGCUCGGGCCUGCUUCCAGGCCGUCCCGCAGGCCCUAGGAGCGAUGGCCGCUGCGGGUCCUCACUUCUCCCUCAAGUCAUGGAGCCCCCUGUUUCAGGCCGUGGGCGUACUUGGAUGCGCGGUGCUAUUGCCCGAGGCCUCAGCGGGAGACGGGGAAGAGGAGGAGGAGGAGGAGGAGGAGCAGGAGCGGCAGGGCGAGGGAGAGUGGGAAGAAUGCGAACUGUGGGAAGUCUUGGAGGCGGUGUGGGAGUUCAUUUUCCUGCAGGUGGGGUACCUGUGGCCCCUCUUGACCGGCCCGGUGGCUCAGCGUCGGCGCCCCCGCCUGGCGGACGGCUUCUAUCGCUCCCGCUCUCUGUGGCUGCAACCUCUGCUCUCGUGGGUCUCGGCGGCCUGGCUGCCCCGGGUUGCCCGAGAGGCUGCCGCAAUUUUUGUCCAGCGCUCACUCCUUCCGUUCCUUCACGCCUCGUCGUGUUCUUCAGCCGCAAAUGGCGGCGACGACAGGGGGGCCUGCGGAGACGACGACCCAAGCGUGGGGGUAAGCCCGCGAAAGACGAUCAGGCUUGUGGGGGACAAGUUGUGCGCUGUGGAAGGCGACGGAGGGUCCGCGUGGGCGCUGUCAUCGGGGGAUCCAGAAGAGGCUGAUCUGUUGGCGGUGCUCAAAUCGGCCGCCGCUGCGGCUACCACCGAGGGUACCGCCGUCGACCCCUGCAGUCCGCCGGCAGCACCGAGGGGGGCGGCAAGAUCGAGGGUUGACCCGCAUUCCCCAGAAGCACCAAGGAAUCCUUUCGCGCUCUCCGCCGCACGUCGAGGAAACGGAGGGUCUUCUGCUGCCAGCGGCUGGUCGCGGACACCGUGGGAGGAUAGACUCGGCGCCCGUAACUCAGCCACCCCGUCUUUGGAAUCCGCGGGGCGGCCAUUGUCGGGGUCAGCAUUAGCUCAGGUCACUUACAGCUCUCCCGCAGCAGCGCCAGAACCGACCGUGAGAACACCCGGGGUAAUACUCGGCAGUCACUACCCGAGGGCUGGCGGAAACGACUUCUCCCAAGCCCGGGAAGGCGGCGGCUCUACCGCAGGCGACGGCGGCGGCGGCGGCUUCCGUGACUCUCGUGGUCGGAGCACUACAGCGUCCACCGAAGGGGGGAGCCUCGGCGUUAGGCCGGAGAAGACGGCUUCGCGGGCUGUCUCCAACUGGACAGCCAACGAAGACGGCGAGCUCGGCAGUAGCAGCGGUGCUCGCAGUAGAAAGACGUACGUCACUGCUGCCGAAGCCGCCGCGGCAAGAGUUUCGGAGGCGAAAGCAAACACCGCAAAAGUGGCGGCGGCGGCGGCGGCGGUGGCGGCGGCGGCGCGUCCGCGAGGCUCGGUAGUAGAACGGUGGCGCGAGAUGCAGCGCAGGCAGGUGGGGGAGACAACGGAAGUAGUAGCGUCCGCGCCAGCCGCAUCUCAGAGCCGUUCGCUCCAGCAGCAGCAGCAGCAGCAGCAGCAGCAGCAGCAAGAGCAGGCGAGAUCACCGAGAAAUGCGGCAGUACAGACCACCUCCAAGGAGGCCAGGGCUGCCUUCGCUACAGCAGCGCAAGCAGCAGCGCGCCGCGGCGACUCUCCCGACGGCGGGAACGGAUCGUUGGCCAUUACCGCGGCGAGGGCGGCCACGCUCGACUACGCGUCACUGGCCGAGGCUAGCGCGACGGAGCUCCACAAGCUUGUCCUAUCGUCGUGGACCGUUCCGGAGCUUUUCGCCGCGUCGACGAAGUCGGCUCGGUCAGGGGGAAGGUUUCAGGGCCCCAAGAGGGGGCACGAGGUUGGGCGCUCGUCGUCGAGCAGCCUGUGGCUGUCGAAGGUUCCGACCCGGUUUCAGAGCGUGGAGCAGUACCUCGAGGUUUUUCGGGGCCUGCUGCUCGACGAAAUUUUUGCCACUUUGGUUGCCGCCCUCGACGGCGGUGGCAGCGGUGGUCGUGGUGGGGGGAAGGGCGGCCCCCCGGAGGCAAUGACGCUGCGCGUAGCAUCCUUGGUUGAGGGCGGCAAGGGGGGGUUCGGCCACGUUACGUUGGUCGCGGACGACGGCGGGGGUAGUUCACAUCGGUGGGUUUGGUUCCCGGUCGCGUACGGCGCAACCAAGUAG